UGGGAGACCAGAUAUAGUGCAUGCGGGGUCCGGGGAGACCAGAUAUAGUGAAUGCAGGGUCCGGGGAGACCAGAUAUAGUGAAUGCAGGGGGGAGACCAGAUAUAGUGCAUGCGGGGUCCGGGGAGACCAGAUAUAGUGCAUGCAGGGUCCGGGGAGACCAGAUAUAGUGAAUGCAGGGUCCGGGGAGACCAGAUAUAGUGAAUGGUCCGGAACCCCCCCGGGGAGACCAGAUAUAUAGUGAAUGCAGGGUACGGGGAGACCAGUGCAUGCAGGGUCCAGGGAGACCAGAUAUAGUGCAUGCAGGGUCCGGGGAGACCAGAUAUAGUGAAUGCAGGGUCCGGGGAGACCAGAUAUAGUGCAUGCAGGGUCCGGGGAGACCAGAUAUAGUGCAUGCAGGGUCCGGGGAGACCAGAUAUAGUGAAUGCAGAGUCCGGGG